CCUCGGAACAUCAGACCUGAAAUCUGCAGGUCUUUUGCAGUCGGAGCAGUUUGCAGGUUGUGCUUUAUUCUUUGAAUGUCAACUGCCAGAAUAUCAAUCAUACGCAUGAAGUUUUCACUCUUAACUUGUGACACAAAUGGUAAAUAGCCAUAAAUGGAAGUGGAAGGCUUCCACAGCGUAUACGGAGUAAGCUCUUGCUAAAUCAGGACUUGAUGGCAUGUUGCUUACUUGGCAACACAAACAGUUUCUUAAACAGAAUAUAACGAUCUUUACCACACAGGCUAACAAGAUUGUGGUGAUUGCACAUGUAAUCUUACAUGUAGAAGGAUUAAUUUACUUAUUUUUAGAAAGACUACAAAUCUCUUAAGAGUGGGCAAAACUAAGAAUAUGAAGCAUUGCUCCAUAUUAAGCACUUCCAGAAGGAAAAGACAUAUUACUACAGAAACAAAUAUAGGAAGAGUUUCUGCUGAACUCAGAGAAUCUGUCACUUCCUGAACAAGAAUUUAAUUAGAGGGGACACUUAUGGUCACUAGGCCACUGAGGCAGAAGUAAUUACAUGGCUACAGAGGACUUCUGUGGGAGUGAUUUCUUUCCUGUGAGUAAACCAGACAAGAACCCAGUGUCCAGCUCAGUGGAUGAAAAAAUUGGAGCUGACAUUUUUUCAAAGUGAAAGACUGUUUCAGAGGGAUGCUUAGCCUCACGGGAAAGACGCCUGGAUGGAAACUUGCAUGUUCGGUUAUCCUUCUGUCAGACUAGACCCUUCCUGUGGUACUCAACUCCUGCUGCCCAACUUCGUGCAGAGCCUCCUCUCCUCCGUCGACCUCCGCGACCGCCAGGGCUGCACCAUGGUGGUGGGCAGCGACGGCAGGUACUUCAGCCGAGCGGCCAUCGAGAUCGUCGUCCAGAUGGCAGCGGCCAACGGGAUUGGCAGAUUGGUUAUUGGGCAGAAUGGUAUCUUAUCCACACCUGCUGUUUCAUGUAUUAUUCGAAAAAUCAAAGCAGCUGGAGGUAUUAUUCUAACAGCUAGCCACAGUCCUGGGGGACCUGGAGGAGAGUUUGGAGUCAAGUUUGAGGUUGCUAAUGGAGGACCUGCUCCAGAUGCAGUUUCAGAUAAAAUUUAUCAAAUCAGCAAAACCUUGGAGGAAUAUGCAAUUUGUCCUGAUCUCAGAGUUGAUUUAUCUCGCUUAGGAAGACAAGAGUUUGAUCUGGAGAACAAAUUCAAACCUUUCCGAGUGGAAAUUGUUGAUUCUGUGGAUAUCUACCUCAAUCUCCUUCGAAAUAUAUUUGACUUCAAUGCAAUCAGAAAUUUGCUGACUGGACCCAACCAGAUUAAAAUAAGGAUUGAUGCCAUGAAUGGAGUUAUGGGACCUUAUGUGAGAAGAAUCCUGUGUGAUGAAUUAGGAGCUCCUGCAAAUUCUGCCAUAAACUGUGUUCCUCUAGAGGAUUUCGGUGGACAGCGUCCUGAUCCCAAUUUAACAUAUGCAACUGCCUUGCUGGAGGCUAUGAGAGGUGGAGAGUAUGGAUUUGGAGCUGCUUUUGAUGCUGAUGGAGACCGCUACAUGAUCCUUGGCCAAAAUGGUUUCUUUGUUAACGCAUCUGAUUCGUUGGCAAUUAUUGCUGCCAAUCUGUCUUGCAUUCCAUACUUCUGUCAGAUGGGUGUCCGAGGAUUUGGUAGGAGCAUGCCCACCAGCACAGCCCUGGACAAAGUGGCAAAAGUAAUGAAGGUUCCUGUGUAUGAAACACCAACAGGAUGGAGAUAUUUUUCCAAUCUCAUGGAUUCCGGACGUUGUUCACUCUGUGGGGAGGAAAGCUUUGGCACUGGGUCUGAUCACCUUCGAGAGAAAGAUGGACUAUGGGCUGUGCUAGUCUGGCUUUCAAUCCUAGCAGCUCGAAAGCAAAGUGUCGAGGAGAUUGUCAGGGAUCAUUGGGCAAAAUUUGGCCGGCACUACUACUGCAGGUUUGAUUAUGAAGCAUUGGAGCCCAGAACAGCGUAUUUCAUAAUGAGAGACCUCGAAGCUUUGAUCACUGACAAAUCAUUCAGCCAUCAGCAGUUUGCUGUGGGCAACAGUAUCUACAGUGUGGAAAGAACAGACAGCUUUGAGUACAUAGAUCCUGUGGAUGGCACUGUGACCAAAAGACAGGGCUUGCGGAUUAUUUUUUCAGAUGCUUCCAGGCUCAUCUUCAGAAUGAGUGCUUCUAGCCAUGUGAGAGCUACUCUCCGGAUCUAUGCAGAGAGUUAUGAGAAGGAUCCUAGCCAACACAAUAAGGAACCACAGGCUGUGCUGAGUCCUCUUAUAGCAAUCGCACUGAAAAUAUCUCAGAUUCAUGAGAGAACAGGGCGAAAGGGACCCACUGUCAUCACCUGAAGCCACAGAGGAUUGUUAAACCAGGGCCAAAGGAGGAACAGCAAGGAAGAGACGGGACCUUGCUGAAACAUUUUAGCUGUUUGUGCCUUGUAUGAUUUUAAAACUUUUUGUGGGGAUAGAGGGAGGUGGGAAGAAAAAUUCAAUAUGAUAUUGUGCAUAUUCAGUUGCAUCAAUCUCCAAAGACAGUCGUGUAUUGACUUCUUUGUUUUACCUGCAAUAUCUUUAUUUCAGAUAGCAAUAUAACCACAGAAAAGGCCUUAACUCUCAAAUGUUGCCAGCAAUGUUACAGAAAAGGCAAACUGCUUAUUUUUGAAUGCUAUUAUAAAGGUUGGGGGAAUUUCAGUUAAGGAGAGAGGAGGAGAGGUUGCAAAACACAGACAUGUUUGGUGAAUAUUGUUUGUGAUUCUUAUCUUAUUGUUGGUUUAUGGAGACAUACAAAGCAAGUCUGGGGCUUAAAGCUUUAUACUAAACUUUGCAAAGGGUGUGUUUCGUAACCUGACACCACUUCUCCUCACCAGUCUCUCCCAUUGCUCACAAAUACACGCUGGCAGCAGUGUUGUGUACGCACUUGCACAUGCUCCUAAAGAAAGGGUCAUCCUAUAUUUUUUUUACCCCUGCUUUUAAAGCAUAUCAGUGUGACCUGUGCCUUUACAUCUUCCUGAAUUUUGAGACUCUUUUUUUACCUCCAGAGGGAGGCAUUUGUGCUAUAGAAGCUGAUUGUGUCCUUCCAGCAAUAUGUUGGGUGUGGAAUCUUGGCUGUCUUUUGCAGUAUUCCUCAUGUCAGCAGAUGAUAUUAGUACUUACUGUGUUUGAAAGUUGCAAGUUCAGCAGUUUUUCAUGAAGAAGUUAUUAUGGAAGUUUUUUAAGUCUUUGGAGCAGUGACGUUCUGCUUACCACAAAGUGGCAAGUCAGUUGUGUAGUGAAGAGGAACUGAAAACAAACACUAAUGAAUUAAAUAGAAGUAACUUGUUUGAUACACCAGCUGGACUCAGCUUUUGUUAGAUUCUAUGUUACAGUAGAUUAUGAAAUAAAAAGUUGGGGAGUGCAAAGAGAGAAGAUAUGACCUGGCAUAAAUCUGAGAAGGACAUUGGGGAUACAGACAUCAGCAUUUUUCUGCUUGUGAAGUGAUAUGGCGGUUCUAGCUACAGUACUGUGCUCUGAAUAAGAACACAAACACUUUAUGCAUGUGACUUGUUUGAAAGCUUUGCUUCCUUGGGAACAGUGUGGUCACUUGUAUCAUUUGUCAAGGUGGCUUUGUGCAACUUGCCUCUUUGCAGUGCGUUCCAAUUCAUUGUGGUUGUCAAAUUUUAGUGCAAUUUAUAUAACGUUGCAGCAAAGGAAAUUGUUUUGAUUUCUUUCAACACUUCUGUCAAAAAAAUUCUAUAACACUGAGUACACAAUAAAGAGGUAUGCUGUA